UCAAGGCUCACAACAAAUCGGGAGACACAAGUGAGACCCACACCUCCUUCACAGUAUACUGGCGCUUUGAUUUACGCACCACAAGUUGCUCAUAGCCUUCAAUGCGCAACCCUUCCGUUGCCACCAGUGCGCCUGCCACGUCCUGGGAUCGUCUUUGUAUUCCCCUCACCUAGAGCAGUGGUGGAAACCAACAGCCGGCAGCGCAGCCAUAUGGGGGGUUUGCCAAGGAGGCGGACCUAACGCGACCCCCACAGUCGAGCUCCUGGAGCUUUUUACAAUGCCGACCAUUUCUCCAGAGCGCAUUUAGCAGCGAGCGACGGUACGAGCGUGCGUAAAUACCCACGAAUGCAGAUACUAUCCCUCUACUACUACUCCUACUAUUAGUACCUCCACCAAGGAGCAAGGGGGAGUAGAGACGCACAGAGGAAGAGAACCACCAGAGAUAAUCACAUUUAUUAACACUCAUCAUCUUCAUCAUCAUCCGAGGGAUUAACUCGAAAGCUUCGUGACAGCAACAUUUGAUAUUCAAGAUAUCGAGUCACGUCAGAGAUCAUCGUCAUUGAGCACUUACAAGCCAAAAAUAAUCUCUUCGAAGUUGGACGAUGGAAACUUCGCAGUCAGAAAUGAAUAUCUUGUCCAACGGAAAAAGUCAUGACCUCGGCGACGACACGGGCGUGCCGAUGAAGACGCUGCCAGAGGACGAUCAAAAUGGCACUCAAACAGUCAGGUUUGAUGAUCCUGAAGGAGGGCUGGAGAAUGAGGGAUUUUUGCCCGGUGCAGACGGAAAGAAACCGAUACGCUUCACAGAUUUUGAAGGAAAGACCUCUUUCGGCAUGUCCGUCUUCAACCUGGGAAAUGCCAUUAUGGGCAGCGGAAUCCUGGGAUUGGCUUAUGCCAUGGCCAACACCGGCAUUCUCCUCUUCUUGUUUCUUCUGUCUGCGGUCGCAGCCUUGUCAUCUUACUCCAUUCAUCUGCUACUCAAAUCCUCUGGCAUUGUGGGAAUUCGAGCUUAUGAACAGCUGGGUUACAGGGCCUUUGGCACUCCUGGAAAAAUGGCUGCCGGUAUCGCAAUCACCCUGCAGAACAUCGGAGCCAUGUCCAGCUACCUGUACAUUGUCAAAUCUGAGUUGCCGCUGGUCAUCCAAGCGUUCCUGAAGGCAGAUCCCAACGCCGAUCUGUGGUACUUGAAUGGAAACUACCUGGUCAUCAUGGUCUCUGCCUCUGUCAUCCUGCCCCUGGCGUUGAUGAAACAGCUCGGUUACCUCGGCUAUACCAGUGGAUUUUCUCUCAGCUGCAUGGUGUUUUUUCUCAGCGCUGUGAUCUAUAAGAAAUUUCAGAUUCCCUGCCCAUUCGAGGAAUUCUCAGCAAACAGCACCGCCGCUCACCUCAGCCUGAACGUUUCAAGCCACGGGCACGAGUACAGCAACGGUCUGGUUCACGAGGACGAUGCCGACCACUGCGUCACACGCAUGUUCACCAUCAACUCACAGACAGCGUACACCAUUCCCAUCUUGGCUUUCGCCUUUGUCUGCCACCCCGAGGUCCUGCCCAUCUACACCGAGCUCCGCAAUCCAACGAAGAAGAGGAUGCAGCAGGUGUCCAACAUCUCCAUCCUCGUCAUGUACACCAUGUAUUUCCUUGCAGCUCUCUUCGGCUAUCUGACCUUUAAAGACAAUGUGGAGCCUGAGCUGCUGCACACUUACAGCCGGAUCGACCCAUAUGACACUUUGAUCCUGUGUGUGCGUGUAGCCGUCCUCACUGCUGUGACGCUGACCGUCCCUAUUGUGCUGUUCCCUGUACGCAGAGCCAUCCAGCAGAUGUUGUUCCCCACCAAGUCUUUCAACUGGCUGCGUCACAUUGCCAUCGCUGUCAUUCUUCUCACCCUCAUCAACAUGCUGGUGAUAUUCGCUCCCAACAUUCUGGGCAUCUUUGGCAUCAUUGGUGCUACGUCGGCUCCCUGCCUCAUCUUCAUCUUCCCUGCUGUCUUUUACAUCCGCAUUGUUCCCAAAGAUGACGAACCCAUGAGCUCUACUCCUAAGAUACUGGCUGCCUGUUUUGCUGCUUUGGGUGUCUCCUUCAUGGUGAUGAGUCUGAGCUUCAUAAUAAUUGACUGGACAACAGGAGGCGGUCUUGCUGCAGGAGCCCACUAGACGCUGCUUCAGUGUGUGUGUGUAUUUGUAUGUGUGUGCGAGUGUGAACUUUGGAAAGGGGAGGGGAAACAAACUGGUCAGCAUGAUGGGGAACACUAUCACUUAUCAAUGGGAACACACUACAGGGCUGCUCAGCACCGGGCCUGGGCUUUGUAAUAAUACACAAUAUAACAUGUUGAUACUGAUCGAGUUGAAUUAACUUUUGACUGUAACUUAACACAUAUCUGAACAAAAUCCUUUCAUACUGUAACAAUGUUCUAUAUUUCAAUUUUAACGUAGUGCAAUAGUAAAUUUUGAUGAAUGAUCAGGAGUGAACAGGGUCUGUUUGAGUGCGACUGAGUCCAUCCAUGAUGGUGACAUGGUCCUUCGCCUUGUCGCAAGUUAUUUACACACAAACAACUGCAGCUGGUACUGUACAGAAACAGAAGACGCGAUUGUCUGAGAAACUGUUAAGUUACUCUCUUACAAAAAAUAUUAAUUAUUUUCCUCGAGACGCACAGAAGGGGACAGUCAGAUGAUCUCAUCCUGAACCAGCAGCACACUGAACAGUUCACGGCAGUGUCAUACAAGACAAAUAAGUGCUUUAAGGGCCUUAGAGACCUGGCGACAUUACAUCUAAGCUUAUGUUCCAGAUCAAAUAACUUUAUUUCAGAAAACCCUGGUGCCUUUUAAGUAUUUGGAACAGCACACAAACGUACAGGAAGAAAAACAGGAAUAUAUAUUUAUUUAGCUACAGUAUUUUUAAUUUCAAAUGGACUAUAUUUAAUUACUGUAUAUGAUGAAGUUAAUGAUCCAGAUACAUCAUGUGUGAUGUCAGUUUUUGUCUUAGCUGGUAUAAACAAUAGAAGGUGUUAUGACUGAUAAUAUUUCAGAUGCUUGAUAAACUAUCAUGCCUAAAUGUAGGGAUCUGAUUCCUCUCCAAGCACAUACAAGCCAAACUGGGCCUUGAAGUUCCCUUUUAAGUUUAGCUCAUGAACCUCAUCAGUUACUGAGAUCCCCUUUAAAUUUCUCAGUGUGUAUUAUUUAACACAAGAUUGAAGUUUCAUGAUUGGCUACAUGCCCAUUAAACAGAAAUUGAAACCCAACACGCUAACUUAAAUCUGCUAUAGGUGAAAUAUUUGUAGUAAAACAAGUGUUAAAUAGCUCGAUAUUCCAACAGUAAUCACUGUUGUAGUGUGUUUGUUAGUAACCUAUGACUCUCCUGGCCCCGCUUCAUGCAGUAAAAGAGAAAAGACAUGUUGUGGUAUCCCUGCCAAUUUGAUCCAAUCAGGACAGAGAACUCCAUAAAGAGGCAGUCCUGUCAUCUCCUGAGCGCUGAGAGAGCAGGAUCCUCCUGUUUGCUGCCAUGCAUGGUGAUUACUGCUGCAUGUUUAUGUGGCAACGUAAAAAGGGAGGAGGGGAUUGCUAACUGCAAAAUGGACAGGAAGUUAGCCAAAGCGACACGCUCACAGCAGCUUUGAAUUAAAUUAAUAGAUUGACAUUCGGAAUUGGGAAUAACCCUCAUUCACUCUCUUGCAGAGUGAAAGACGAGAGGAUAGAUCCCACGUUCAUAUUUGUGUAUAAUGUGCAACUAUAGCCAGGAGAUGGUUAGCUUAGCUUAGCUUAGCUUAGCAUAAAACCGGAAGCAGGAGGAAACAGCUACCAAGGUGUCAAAGCAUGGCCUACCAGCACCUGUAAUGCUCAUUAGUUAAUAUUUUCUAUCAUGUUUAUUGAACCUGUAAUCUCACAACCAGCAGAGAUAAAUAUGGUAAAGCCACGCAGAUAGUUUUGGUCGCCCAUGUUUUGAGGUAUAUUAUAUAGAAAAAUAUAGACACCUAAGCAUUGCGUAUAUCUCAAAACCUGUGCGGAUAAAACCAAAAUUCAUCCUUUUAGUAAAUUAGUUUUAUUUUUUAUAAUCUGGGUGAACCUGCAAAAGCUCCGUGGGUUUGAACAACACCACGUCAAGCAACAUGAAUUUAUAGAGAUGAACCUGCUGGUGGGUGCACCAGAGUUUAAGAAGUUUUUAAUUUUUGAUUAAUUUGAAGAUGUAUUAUGCUUUUUUUUCUGAUUCUGUCGUAAUGUCUUUGCGGUACUGGUUUGUAGUAUUUUGAUCUGCUCUCACCCCCGGUGACUAUAUAGACUUGAGGCUAAUGUUUUGCAUGCUAUCACGUCUGUUCCGUCCUGUAGUCGAUGUAGUGAACCGCACAGAUUUUUUUUCCCUGCUGACAUUGUCGUACAUAUAGUCAAUGUUAUUGUAAUACUUGGCAUCCUAUCGUGAAGUGUACUCAAGUCCCAGCCUGUGCUAUAGUUAUUAUAGUGUUAUAUUUGUAUUAUGAAGGCCCUUGUUAGAAGACGCUACAUGAAAUUAUGUUUCAAAUAUUACUGUUGUGUAUUCUGUCAGUGAUGGCGCUUUAAUUUUGAGCUUAAUUUGGAAAUGUGUUUCAGUAGUUCUUUAGUAGGUGAACUCUGUGUCCCACAAUAGCACUGACAACCUGCAUGUAUGUUAAUUUUGUUUUUUAUUUUUUAUUACAGAUCGCAGGAGCAUUUCAUUAUAUAGAAAAUAUAUAGAUCACUAAUGGACAAGUUUAAAAACAGCACAAUUUUUUAAACUGGGGAAAAACUCAGAGAAAUGUUAUAACAGAUAUUUGCUGCUUUUACCCAAAGAUGGUUUUAUAUUUAAUCGCAACUCUCAGGCUUCUGAAAAAAGUCCUGCGUGAAUCAUCACUUCCCUCAUUUUAUUUAUAUAUUUACUCUAUUUUGUGUUUGUUUAGCCAUUCUUGAUUGUUUCUCUGAUUUCUACAGAUAAAUUAUGAACAACAGCAGAGGAAAUAUUUAGUGCACAUAUUCACCUCUGUCCCUCGCUUUUCCACGUGUAUUUGCAGUGGUUGCAGUGGUGUUAAAAAUUGAAGGUUUAGUUCUGUCAUUGUGUGUCCUCGCUUUAUUGUAAGGGAUCAUGCCAAAAUAACAACUGACUACCUACUGCUUUGAAAUGCCUUCAGCUUUUAAACAGGUACCACAGUUUUAAUACCAGACUCAGUAUAUCAGAUAUGCAUUUUUCAUGUACCUAAAACAAAUCUGUGUGAUAUUUUAUUAUAGCUGUUGUUCGAGACGUAAAUCUAUGGAAAUGACACGACUAUAAGAUUAUAAUAAGGUAUAUGGAUUUUGGUGAAUAAGACGUGGCUUUAUAUAAAUAAUGUAUAUAAAUGUAAACCUUUUAUAUUUGUGAUGCAUAUUUACAGUAGCUUGUAAAGUGUAAAUAGCAGGGACAGUUUUAGUUUGGCAAUAAAAUAAUUGUAGAUGUUUUUA